AUGGUAUCGAAUCGAGGGAUCAAGAUCAACCUGGACAAGAUAAAGGAAAUUGAAGAUAUCACCAUGAUAAACGACAUCAAAUGGGUGCAAAGGUUGACUGGACGGAUAGCUGCCCUGAGCCGAUUCAUCUCCAAAUCCUCGGAAAAAAGUCAUCGAUUUUUCUCAUUGCUGAAGAAGAAGACCGACUUUGCCUGGACCCCCGAGUGUCAGAAGGCCUUAGCAGAACUCAAGAAGUACUUAUCGAGCCCACCUUUGCUACACACACCAAAGGAAAAUGAGCAGUUGUAUCUAUACUUGGCGGUGUCCGAGAUAGCGGUAAGUGGUGUCUUAGUUCAAGAAGAAGAAGCACAGGCACUCCAGAAGGUCAGGGAAAAAGAAGUCAUCGACUUCAUAUACGAUCAUAUAAUCUAUCGAUUCGGGAUUCCCGCGAAAAUUGCAUGUGAUAACGGGAAGCAGUUCAUAGGCAGCAAAGUCAGUAAAUUCUUCGAAGAAUACAAUAUCAAAAAGAUCUUGUCCACCCCGUAUCAUCCGAGCGCGAAUGGUCAGGCUGAAUCGACAAACAAGAUUAUACUGCAGAACUUAAAGGAAAGGUUGACUAGGUCCAAGCACAGGUGGAAAGAGAUUCUACCUGAGGUCUUAUGGGCCUACCGCACAACGGCAUACAUCGAAAUGGACAUCGGAAGUCGAGAAACCAUAGACUUAGGACUGAAAGCACGUGCUGCACUAUUUUUUCCUUCGAUCGGUUUUAUCCCGAAGUGGGCUUUCCAGCAAGAGUUUUAA